AUGACAUACACCUUUGUGGUCUUCACGCAUGGAGAUAAGCUUCAAAAUAGAUCAAUUGAACAACUAAUAAGACAAAACGAAGAGCUGUCUAAGCUAAAAGAUGAAUGUGGUGGGAGAUUUCACUUACUGAAUAAUAAAGAACCGUCAAACAGAGAGCAGGUCACUAAACUACUGGAGAAGAUCCACAGAAAGGUGUUUGCGAAUGAGAACAACUGCUAUACAUUGGAGAUGUUGUCCAAAGCUCAACAAAAGCCUACGUCUGCAGAGAUUUAUAAAGCCAGAAUGCCUGUAUGCGUGGCCUCAUCUGGAGCAAUUAGCAGACAAGAUUCCACCGCUGUUGGAUUGCGAGGUAGGCCUUCUGAUCGGCUAGCCCUUCUUCCCAAACAGAUUGUGUAUGGAGAAGAAAAUCACCCGUAUGCACAACGAACUGAUCUCGGCUGGAGCAUAGUCGGUUGCUCCUACACAGCAAAUGAUUACAGUGAUGUAGCAGGAAUCAGCCACAGAACUUUGGUGCGACAAGUAGUGCCUGACAUUGAGCCCUCCGUCAAACUGAAGAGAGAAGUACACUUUGUGUGUAGAAUUCAUGUUAAGGAAAUUAUUCCAACAGACAUAAUCAAGGCCCUUGAAUCUGAUUUCACAGAUCAUUGUACGGACAACAACUCCAUUUCUCAAGAAGACAUUCUCUUUCUGUCUAAGGUGAAAGAAAGUAUAAGACAAAAGGAAAAUGGCCACUAUGAACUUCCACUUCCUUUCAAGACAGACAAACCUAGUCUACCAGAUAACAAGCAAUGUGCAGUUCAUAGGCUCAACUCAUUAGAGCGCCGGCUAAGGAAAGUCAAACAGUAUCAUGAUGAUUAUGUGUCUUUCAUGAAUGAAAUAAUAACCAGAGGAGAUGCAGAGAAAGUGCCAAUCGAUGAACUUCAAAACCAACCAGCAUGGUAUAUUCCACACCACGGAGUCUACCAUCCCCACAAACCAGGAAAAAUCUGUGUGGUUUUCGAUUGUUCAGCACGUUUUCAUGACACUUCUCUGAAUGAUCACCUUUUGACUGGUCCAGACCUGACUAACACGUUAGUUGGAGUGUUGUGUCGGUUCAGGAAGGGUCCAAUAGCCAUAAUGUGUGAUGUGGAAAGGAUGUUCCACCAAUUCCAUGUUGCAAAGGAACAUCAAGACUUUCUACGGUUUCUCUGGUGGGACGAAGGUAAUCUAGAUUCCAAGCCCUCUGUGUAUAGGAUGAAGGUACACUUGUUCGGAGCAGCUUCAUCCCCUGGCUGCUCUAACUUUGGCUUCAAGUAUUUAGCAUCACAGGGUCAUGGAAGAUUCAGUGAAGAGUCCAUCAAGUUUAUCCAGAGGAGCUUUUACGUCGAUGAUGGCCUAACAAGUGUAAAAACACCAGCGGAAGCCAUACAUCUGGUGGAAGAAGCAAGAGCCUUAUGCAGAACAGGAAAUCUUUGGCUGCACAAGUUUGUCUCAAAUAGUGAGGAAGUGAUUACUACAAUACCGCCUGAGGAAUGUGCACAAACAAAAGACCUAGACAUGGCCAUAGGAGAACUUCAUAUGGAGUGAGCACUUGGAGUUCAGUGGUUCGUUGAAGCAGACGAAUUCCAAUUCAGAGUGGUAGUCAAGACAAAUCCACUGACUAGAAGAGGAGUUCUAUCAACUGUAGCCUCUGUCUACGAUCCUCUAGGAUUUGUGUCCCCUUUCCUACUAGUUGGUAAACAGAUCCUUCAGACACUAUGUAGAGAUAAAGUGAGCUGGGACGAAGAACUCCAGAGGACUUAAUGCAGUUCAGCUGAAGGAGUCCAACUGGUUAAGGGGACCCGACUUUCUGUGGCAGAGGAAUCUUCCACAUCAGGAGAAAACGGUGGGAGAAAUUGAAAUGACUGACCCUGAGCUUCGGAAAGCCCACGUUUACAAGGUCAACACAAAGGAAGUGAAUCCAAUGAUGAAUCGUGUAACUAAAUUCUCUGAUUGGUCCAGAGUAGUACGAGCUAUUGCCAGGCUCAAGAGGUUCAUACGAGAAUUCAAGGGAGUCCAGGAAAGAACGAACAAAACAACUAGUCUUGAAGAAAGAAGGGAAGCUGAAAUCUUCAUUUUCAAACUAGUGCAAGAAGAUGCUUUCUUUGAAGAAAUCAAAGGGAUUCAGCUUCAAAAGAACACUCUGAACAAGGGAAACAAACUGUACCAGUUAAAUGCCUUCUUGGACAAGAACGGUGUUCUCAGGAUGGGAGGACGGCUGUCCCAAUCAACAUUACAUCAUGAUGUGAAACACCCUGCAAUACUUCCCAAGAUAUCUCAGGUGUCAGCCCUGCUCAUUAAACAUCAUCAUGAGCGUAUACAUCACCAAGGUAGAGGCAUGACCACAAAUGAGUUGCGUGCAAAGGGCAUAUGGAUAAUAGGAUGUGGAGGUGCAGUUUCUUCACACAUCUACAAAUGUGUUAAAUGUAGAAGAUAAUGGAGGACAACAGAAGUUCAACAAAUGGCAGAUUUGCCAGUAGACCGUACAGAAGAAUCCCCUCCCUUUACGUACUGCGGUCUAGAUUGUUUUGGUCCCUUCAUUGUAAAGGAAGGAAGAAAGGAACUGAAACGAUAUGGAUUGUUGAUUACAUGCUUGUGCUCUAGAGCGGUACAUAUAGAGACAUUAGAUGAUUUAACAACAGAUGCAUUUGUGAAUGCUCUUCGAACAUUCAUAGCCAUCAGAGGACCUGUAAGACAGUUAAGAUGUGACCAGGGAACAAAUUUCAUGGGUGCCAGAAGAGAGUUUUCUGAGUUGCUAAAAGAAAUGGAUCAAGAGCGUUUACAAGCAGUCUGUUGUGAAUUUGUGACAAAUGUCCCAUCAGCAAGUCACAUGGGUGGAGUAUGGGAGCGGCAGAUUAGAACCAUCCGAAGCAUUCUGACUGCCAUGCUCGACAAGUCUGCAAGCAGACUUGACACCACAACUUUAAGGACAUUCCUUUAUGAGACAAUGACCAUAAUCAACAGCAGACCACUGAGUGUAGAACAUCUUAAUGAUCCCACAGGCCCAGAACCACUCACUCCCAAUCAUAUACUGACUAUGAAAUCCGCAAUAAUUCUGCCACCUCCAGGACAGUUUGGCAAGGAAGACCUCUACUUGCGUAAAAGGUGGAGAACAGUACAAUUCCUAGCCAACGAAUUCUGGCAAAGAUGGAAACGGGAAUACUUGCUGAAUCUCCAACAAUGUAAAAAAAAUGGCAGAAAACAUCUCGGAAUUCUCAAAUAGAUGACAUUGUGAUUCUGCAAGAUGACAGUGCUCAAAGAAAUGAGUGGAAACUUGCUAGAGUAGUGGAAGUUUACCCUAGUGCAGAUGGCAUUGUGAGAAAGCUAAGGCUGCUGGUCAGUGCACAUGUUAAUGGAAAACCUUGCACUAAGUCAGUUCACUUAGAUAGGCCCAUUCACAAGAUUGUUACAUUAAUUGAGGCUAAGUGAAUUAAAUACACUACACACUUAUGUUUACAACACUCUCAAGGGAAAUUCAUAAACAACAAACCUUUCAUAAUCUUAUAAAAGAAAAUCCCACAUUCUGAGUUGAUGAGUGAUUUUGGUGGGAGUGUAACUGUGGUCAUUUACAAAUUUUACGUACUGUAUUAUAAAUAUGCAUUUUGUUUUUAUAAUUUGUUUUGUAAUUAAUGUGUUUAUGUUUUCAGUUAUUUCCUCAAAUGCACUUUAAGUAAUGAGUUAAAAUGUUAGUUAAGUAAAAUGUGAUGUAUUGUAAAUUGAUUGAGUUCACUUUAAAUGUAAGGCGCAAAUGCGUCACGUUCGGCGGAAGUGACGAUCUUUCUAGUUGCCGCGAUGGACUGACGAUGAGCGGACGUUUGUGAUUGUCCGCGUGUAUUGCACUUUAAAGUUUAUUAUAUUGUAAAAGAUCUACAAGAAGAUCAUGCAGCUUUAAGGACUAUAAGACCUCUUUCGCAACCAAGCAGCCAACGAGGUAUUUGUGACAUAUUCAAUGUGUUUGUUAAGUUUAUUAUGAGAUAACUGUGUGAUCAUAUGCUGAUGUAUUGAUAAAAUGCUAAUUUGCAGUUCUCACGGCGUGAACGCUACAAGUUUCAAGAAUAAACGCCCGUUUAAAGAACGACCUGUGUCUGUGGUGUUGUUGAAAGA